AUGAUACAUCCUCAUUGGGUUAAGGCUAUGAAAAAUGAGAUCCAAGCCCUCGCAACCAACAAAACUUGGACUUUCAUAAUCCUCCCACCAAGUAAAAAGGUAAUUGACUACAAAUGGGUCUACAGGACAACAUUGCAUGCUGAUGGCACCAUAGAAAGACAAAAAUCAAUGUUAGUUUCCAAGGGAUUCACCGAAGUUGAAGGCAGUUACUUCUUAGACACCUUUUCUCCUGUUGCAAAGCUCAACACUGUAAUACUUCUUCUUUCUUUAGCUUCAUCAUUAAAUAUUUAUCUUCAUCAAUUUGAUGUUCAUAAUGCAUUUCUUCAUGGUGAUCUGAAUGAGGAGUUUUACAUGUCCUUACCAAAAUCCAUUACACAUUCUUAUCCAAAUCAAGUUUGUAAGCUUUUAAAAUAUCUUUAUGGGUUAAAACAACCAAGUAGACAAUAG